AUGAUAGGUUGGGGAGAUGUUUACAAGGUGGUGGUGGCCAUGAUGCCACUCUACGUUGCCCUAAUUCUAGGGUUUGGCUCUGUGAGGUGGUGGCGCAUCUUCACUCCCGAGCAGUGUGGUGCAAUCAACCGCUUUGUUUGCUUCUUCACUCUCCCACUCUUCACAUUUGAAUUCACAGCUCAUGUUGAUCCUUACAAAUGGAACUACCGCUUCAUCGGUGCGGACGCCAUCUCAAAGCUCAUAAUCGUGGCGGUGCUUGCGUUAUGGGCCAAGUGUAGUAGCAAGGGAAGCUAUAGUUGGUCCAUCACAAGCUUCUCCUUGUGCACUUUGACAAAUUCGCUUGUGGUAGGGGUACCCUUGAUGAGAGCCAUGUAUGGUCAGGUAGCCGUUGAUCUUGUUGUUCAAUCAUCGGUGGUGCAGGCUAUCGUGUGGCUGACAAUUCUUCUGUUCGUCUUAGAAUUUCGACGAACGGGGUCGUUAGACAUGCAUAUGAUUUCGGGGACUAACACAAGUCAAUCGGUGGAGCAAGGUGAAGGAGGGAAAGCGGUAGAGGGUAGGCCUUCUUUCUGGUACUUGAUGAAGGCUGUGUGGCUGAAACUUGGGAUGAAUCCCAACUCGUAUGCGGUUUUCAUCGGGAUUGGAUGGGCUUUUAUAUCAAGCAGGUGGCAUAUUGAGUUGCCAAGCAUUAUGGAAGGAUCUGUUUUAAUCAUGUCAAAAGCUGGUACAGGCACUGCCAUGUUUAGCAUGGGUAUCUUCAUGGCACUGCAGGAAAAAUUCGUGGCGUGCGGGACGAGCCUGACUAUAAUAGGGAUGGUUUUGAGGUUUAUUGCUGGACCAGCAGCCAUGGCUAUUGGCUCCAUCGCUGUGGGCUUGCAUGGUGAUGUUUUACGUGUGGCCAUCAUUCAGGCAGCAUUGCCGCAGUCCAUUACCUCCUUCAUAUUUGCCAAAGAAUACGGACUCCAUGCAGAGGUGCUCAGUACAGCGGUGAUAUUUGGCAUGAUAGUGUCCCUUCCAGUGUUGAUCGCUUACUAUGCAGUUCUAGAAUUUGUGCAUUGA